CUCCUGCCCCGAUUGUUUCAGUGCAGCAGACACUUGAGCUCAGCUCCAGCCCUCAUUCAGGUGGGGAGUCCUUUCAGAGCUCAAUGCCCCUACAAACUGAGGAUGUGGAACUUCCCCAGGCACGCUCUGUCUUUCCUAGCCUCGAGUCUCUUAACUCAAUUCAAAAGCAAGACAUUGCCCCAGCGGCGUCAUUUCCAAUGUCAGGAGAUCCAACAAUCCCCCCGGUAACCCCAGAGGUCCCCCAGCAGUUCCUUAGAGACCCACAGGAAAGCCUGCCGCCUGAAAGUUCUAACAACGAUGCAGUCGUGGUUGUAGCCAUGUCCCAAAUAGCAGCACCCUCUCCACCCCAGCCAGAGCAGUCACAGGUUCCCUUAUUUGCCCAAGAAGGCGUAGCCCAGUUGGAGAGGUGGGAUUAGCUCCAGGAUGGAGCUAAUCCCACACUCCAGCAGGUUAUAGAGGCAGCUGUAGCCCGGCAGCAGCAGCAGCUAAAUGCUGUGCUUUACAGCCCCACGUCCUCUGCAGACACUCUUCAACAGCAUGUCCAGGAGAACAUGAACAGCCUUAGGUUGGGAGCCGCAGAUAAUUCGCUGUCACCACAGCAACUGCUGCAGAUUCAGCAACAGCAAAUGCAACAGCAGCAGCAACAGCAGCAGCAGCAAAUACAACAUUUUCAACAACAGCAAAUACUAAGUAACCUUCAACAGCAACACCACCAUCUCCAGCAGCUACAACAGCAAGUCCUUGGAAACAUGCAGAUUCAACAACAACUUCUUCUACAGCCACAAGACCAACAGCAACUACAGCAGCAACAUAUUCUGGAGAACAUCCAACAACAGCAGCUGCAACAGAAUCAGCAACAAGUCAUAAACAACAUCCAGCUUCAGGAUCAACAACAAAAUCAAAUUCUAAGCAAUUUGCAACAGCAUCAGCUACAACAACAACAAAGCCAAACAUUGAGCAACCUGCAGCAGCAACAGUUGCAGGAACAGCAAGUUUUAGAAAACCUGCAGCAGCAACUACAGGCCGAGUUGCUCCAGCCACAAAUCCAUUCCAAUCCCCAAGUACAGCAGCCGGUCGCCCACCUUCAACAACCUGGUGAGAUGCUGACCAUCCAAACCAGUUUCCCAACACAGCCCCCAUCUAAUACAUCGCCCCCACAGCAGCUUUUCCAGUCCCCCAGGCCUAUUGCAGAGACCCAGGUUACCCAACAGCAGGUUCAAGCGGCCCUGCUCCAGAAUGCCCUGACAGUCUUGACGAGCGGCAGCCUCAACACGGAGGAACAGUCCACCGGGUCGGCCCUGUAUCUUUCACCGAACUCUCAGUCCCAACAGCAGCAGCAGUUGGCAUUCAUCUCCACCAUGGAGACAUCCACCAGCCAGCCCCAGCCCGUUACCAUGUUUCAUAACCAGCCUCCAGCUCAGCUUUCGCAAAUGCAGCAGCAAAGCACCCCCAUGGAACAACAGCAAUCGCCGCAGCAAAAUCAACAACAGUCACCACAACUCUCCAUUGGCCAACAAGGCUCUUUGUUCCAAAGCAUACCCAACCAUUCGCAACCUAACCCUCUCCCCCAGAAUCAGCUCUCCCAGCCACAGCAGACAGGUCUGCUCCUCUGCACUGCAGAACUAAAUCCCUAGACUAUCCUUUUCAGCACGCAGACCCAAGGAUCAGCCCCGAUGGGCAGUAUCUCAGUUGGACUUUCCCAACCAGAAACAGCCGAGCCAAUGUCCUUCCAGGAUCAGAGCUCCUUGGGGAACAACUCGACAUCCAUUCAGAACCAACAGCGCAGCAUUAUCCAGGAGCAGCAGCCCAUGCAAGUGGGCACAAGCUCUUCUAGCGUCUCUAACAGUCGAUCGGUGGAGCUCUUCCUGCCCCAGGCCUCCCUGUCCAGCCUACAGAGUACUCUUAGUUCGCAGGAGCUAAACAACCAGACUGCAGCCCCCGGUACAACA